UGUGGCUGUCACUGUUUUGGGGGCUGGGGAUCACUUUAACCCGGUCACAACGUGGGCAAGUUGCGCACGGUUUUUCUGCGUUGCCAUGGGUUCUUUUUUUUUCUAAAACCUAUUGACUGCGAUAGGGUCCCUUCUUUUCUUUGAGUCUGUCUUUGUGGAGGAGGAGGAAGAAACCGCUAUUACUUUUCUGCUUCCAGAGGCGGGGGGAGCGAUAGUAGCAGCAUCCAGGGGAGGGGAGGAGGUACUCCGGUUCAGACCAACUGCGAAGCGAAGCGGCGUAACAGUUAAACCCCUCUCUGCCCUCUUCCAGCGGCGCAGAAAAUUCAACUUUCUGAACGGCUGCCGCGACAUGAGUUGCGUCUGAAGGUACAUCACUUCGGUGCGCCAGAGACAUGAACUGAGGACACAGAGGAGAGCACUUGUUUCUUUAAGACAUCCGAGAUCUACAGUGGAAAUCAUGAGGUCGCAGAGGAGCCCGGGAGCGGUCGUCGUGCUGGGCUUGACUACCUUUAUUUGUGCCUUUCAUACGACUACAGCCAUUGAUAUCCCACUGGAAGUUGAGCAGCUGCCCACCAUCACCGCUCAGUCGCCCAGCUCUCUCAUCGCCUUCCCUUUUGAUGAAAGCUUCCCCAUGACGUGUGAAGCCAAAGGGAAUCCCGAGCCAGAAUUCAGGUGGAUGAAGAAUGGCCAGGAAUUCGACCCCUUUCUAGACCCCCGUCUGAUGAAAGAGGAGAAUUCUGGGACCUUUGUGAUACCCAAUAAUGGGAACCUUACUGAGUACCAGGGAACCUAUCGCUGUUACGCCUCAAACAAACUGGGGACUGCCAUAUCGAAGGAGAUUGAGUUCAUUGUACCCCAUGUCCCCAAGUUUCCUAAAGAGACGCUUGAUCCUGUUGUGGUAGAGGAAGGUCAGCCUUUUACUUUGAAAUGUGAACCACCUAAAGGAAUACCUCCUCUGCAGAUCUACUGGAUGACUAUCAAUCUCCAGCAUAUAGAACAAGAUGAGAGGGUGUCUAUGGGCCUGAAUGGAGAUCUUUACUUCUCUCAUGCGGUGGAGAAGGACAGCAGGAGAGACUACUGCUGCUUUGCUGCCUUCCCAAGAAUACGAACCAUCGUUCAGAAGACCGCCAUGUCUGUCAUCGUCAAGACAAAAAAAAGUGACAUGAGUCCUGAAACUGCCAAUGCAAUCCUGGACAGGAGACCCUCUCUUCUGACGCCCUCUGGUGUCAGAUCAGAGACACAGCUGGUCAAAGGAGAGGACUUGAAAUUGGAGUGUAUUGCUGAGGGAUUUCCAACUCCACAGGUUGAGUGGGUGAAAAUUGGUCACGAGCUUCCCAUAAAAGCAAAACUGGAGAGUCAUGGGAAACUGCUGAUCGUGCCGAGAGUUGAACAAGAAGACAGUGGGAAGUACAUGUGCAAGGCAAAGAAUGCACUCGGAGAAGCCAUCCAUUACUUCACAGUGACAGUCGAAGAGCCUCCAGAGUGGGUGUUUGAGCCUGAGAGUCAGCUCAGAAUGAUCGGCUCAGAAGUGCUCAUCAAGUGCUCUGCCAGUGGGACUCCUCAGCCGACAAUAACGUGGAGGGUGAACGGUGUACCUCUGCAGGAGGCCCCUGCAGCCAACAGGAAGGUUUUUGGCGACACAAUCACUUUGCACAAUGCCCAAGCAUCUGACAGUGCAGUCUAUCAGUGUGAAGCCUCCAACAGACACGGAAGCCUUCUGUCCAAUGCAAACAUCAUGAUUAUGGAUCUGCCCCCCAUGAUUUUGACCAAAGAGGGGAGGGAUUACUCUGCUAUCGAGGGUAAGGGAGUGAUUAUGCACUGCAAGGUCUUCAGCUCUCCCCCAUCUACUAUCACUUGGAGCAGGGAUGACUCUUCUGAAUCCGUGGAGGGACCGAGGUUUGCUGUUCAUGACAACGGGUCGUUGGAGAUCUACAGCGUAGAAAAAGACGACACAGGACAGUAUACAUGUUAUGCCAAGAACACAGAGGGGUCGUCUGCCAUUGAUGCCAUGCUCUAUGUAAAAGAUCCCACUAGAAUAGCUGUGGCCCCGGAGGACCUGAAGAUCUUAAUAGGUACCACGGCCCAGCUCUCAUGCCUGGCAGAGUACGACAAGUCCUUCAGCAACGACUUUGAGCUCCUGUGGGAAAAAGAUGAUAUGGAGAUAGCCCUCAACUACACUGAGAAUUCAAGAUACUUUGUGGAGGACGGUAUCCUUCAGAUCAUCAAUGUAAGCCACAGGGAUCAGGGUGUCUACACAUGUGUGGCAAGAACUCCAGUGGACCAAGCCAUAGCCUCAGCGUUGCUCAUGGUGUUAGAUGUCCCUGAUGCACCUGAGAACUUGGUACUGUCUGAACACAAAAGCAAAAGUGUGAAACUGAAAUGGAUCCCUGGGGACGAUCACAAUAGCUCAACCACAGAGUUUAUUAUCGAGUAUGAAGAAAGCCAGUGGGAGCCAGGAAACUGGAAGGAGCUGCUCAGAGUACCUGGGAACCACGGCUCGGCCAUCCUCAAACUCCACGGACACGUCGACUAUCGCUUCCGGUUGUCUGCUGUUAAUGCUGUAGGGAGGGGUCCUCGCAGCGAGCCCACAGAGAGAUACAAAACCCCCCCUUCAGCCCCUGACAAGAACCCUGAAAAUAUCAAAAUUGAAGGUCAUUUGCCACAUGAAAUGGAUAUAAACUGGGAGCCCUUGUUGCCGAUUGAACACAACGGUCCCGGUCUGGAGUAUAAGGUGAGUUACAGACGACAAGACUUGGAGGAGGACUGGAAGGAACACAUAGUGAAGAGACACUCAUUUGUGGUGAAGAACACUCCUACCUUUGUGCCCUACGAGAUCAAGAUCCAAGCCAGGAACCACCAGGGCUGGGGCCCAGAGCCAAAAAUAGUGACUGGCUACUCUGGAGAAGACUUUCCCUCUGCUGCACCUGAUGAUGUAGCUGUGGAGGUGAUGAACAGCUCAAUGGUCAAGGUUAGCUGGAUGCGUGUACACAAGGACAAGUUACAUGGACAUCUGGGAGGCUACAGGAUAAACUGGUGGCGUCUACGCAGUCUGGCGGAUUCAAAGAAAAGCCACGGAGAGAAACACACACUGAUGUUCCCCGGGGACCGGAACCACGCUACGGUACCGGGAAUAACACCCUUCUCUGAGUACAGCCUCAUCGUCAUGACCUUCAACGGGCGGGGCAACGGCCCCGGCAGCCAUCCCGUCAACUUCAAAACCCCAGAGGGAGUCCCUGAGAAAAAUCCUGUUUUCAGGGUCACAGAUGUACAGAAGCACACUGUCUCUCUGGUCUGGGCCCCGCCAUUGGAGCCUAAUGGCAUUCUCACCGGGUACUUCCUUGAGUAUCAGCUGAUCAACGACACAGAAGAAGUGGGGCCACUGCAGACAGUAGAUAUCAGCAAUCCCGACACCACCAAGUGGAUUCUGCGUGACUUGGAGCCUGUAAGCAAAUACAAGUUCUACCUGCGCUCCUGCACCACGGUGGGCUGCGGACCGGUUGUCAGCGAGGAGUGCACCACCACCUUAGAAGGAACUUCGACUUUGGCUUCCACUGUCGGCCUCAGCAAGUCAGCUUCCCCCUCACCUCCAAGCACUCCAAAGUCCCCAGUGACCAAACCCACUCGUUCCACCAUAGUCCCGGCCCUAUUGAAUGUUAGCUCAGCUGUUAGUGACAGCUUUGCAAAUAUCAGCUGGAUAUCUGGAGGAGAGCGCACAGAGUUCUAUAUUGCAUAUAUGAACAACCGUGAGGGUCACUGGAAUAUAUCAGAGGCCUUAAACGCAUCUAAGACCUUCCACAUCAUUGACGGGCUCGAACCUGGGACUGAAUACACUGUGCGCCUUAUGCCUAACCGCUGGCUUGAUAAUUCUAGUAUAUUUGAAGAUGUUAUCACAACCAGGUCCACAGGUCUGGCCAGCAUCCAUGGAGGAAUAUCCACCCAGGGCUGGUUUAUCGGCCUGAUGUGUGCCAUCGCUCUCCUCACACUCAUUGUGUUGAUCGCCUGCUUUGUCAACAGAAAUAAAGGAGGGAAGUAUUCCGUAAAAGAAAAAGAAGACCUUCACCCAGACGUGGAGUCCCAGGGCAUGAAUGAUGACACAUUUUGUGAAUACAGCGACAACGACGAGAAGCCACUGAAGGGCAGCCAACACUCGCUGAGCAGAGAGAUCAAAGCGGGGGACAGCGGGGACAGCCUGGUGGACUACGGCGACGAGGACGCUCAGUUCAACGAGGAUGGCUCCUUUAUCGGCGAGUACGCGGGACGAAAGGAGAAGAGGGUGUCAGCUGAGAUCAAAGCCACCAUUCAGACCCCGGCAUGAGGAGUGGAACCGCCAUUCAUCCUCCCCUGGACACCGUUUUCAUUAAACCCGCUGGGAGGAACAAAUGACAGAGGAAACAGACAUUAUCCAUACUGAGCACAAGUUUUGUGUCAAAUGUAAUGCGUCAUUGCCAACUGCACACUGCCAUCCUCAUUUUAUAAAGUUCUGUUUUGUCAAGUUGCAACAGAAUGACCAUUACUAAAUACUGUGUAUAUAUAGUGUAUAUUGUAUGUGCAGAGUGUCUUCUUUUUUAUAAUUAUUAUUACACAAACAAUUUAGAGGGCUUGGAUUUUCUUUGUUUAUUUCCAUUAUUUCAGCUGCAGUACUGUUUGUAGGAAAAUUUCGCUCCCCAUUACCCAUCAUUAUAUGCAGCUUUGCCUCUGAUGUCAUCUUGUAGCAGACCGCAAAUACAUAUGUGGGGAUAUCAAGUUGAUAUUUUUCAAUUGGAGCAAUUAUUACUGACCUUUUAUAUUUGAAAUGGAUUCAUUAAAUAUGAUGUAAGAUGUGUAUAAAGGUUGCUUAUUAACUUAUUUUUUUCCAGUGGUUUUAUACCUGACAAAAUAACAAGGAAAUUUACAUAUCAUUACAUAUCAUAAACAUUGAUUAUUGAGUCAUGAAUCUCCCUGUGAUGUUAGAAGGAAAUAUUUAGUUAUUAUGAGUAUUUAGAACCAUUGUUUCAUAGUCAUCACAAAACUCAGUCUGUGCUUACUGUAACAGCCCAUCAAUGCAAUGCCAGAUACAGAAGAUAUUUCAAAAAAUGUAAUCUAUUACAGGUUACUAUUUAUCUGAUUAUGAAUAGAACUUAUAGUAUAAAUCAGUAGACUUGAACAAAUUAUCACAAUUUAAUUAAAAAUUUCAGAGCUUUUUGACUUAAAAUUACAUGAACUAUUAGAGUUGAGUACAGUUAAUAGAGAAAAUAUUUUACAGUGCUACCUACAAUUGCAAAUAGCUGGUAUUUCGAAUGAUUUACCAAGUGCAUUUUCUCUGAAAUUCUCCUUCCAAAGCAGGUUUCAGAUUCACAAGUAGCCACAUAGAUUUUAAAGUGGUAUUCCAGUGAUUUAUUAUUGCACUUCCAUAAUUUUGGUGGACUUGUGCAGACAUGGUUAAAAAAGAACAGUCAAAAUCAGCCACUAAAAUAUCCUGACUUUUAGUCCUAGUAUGAGUGAAGCUUCAAUGCUGGAGUUUUUAAAAAUUCCACACCCCCAGUUCCUAACACAGGCUUUCUGUCAUAAAUAUUUAGUCUCCAAGUCCAACCUGAGUUGUACUGUCCUUAAUGAAUUAACUGGUGUGAAAUUGGGCUAUUACCCAUUUAAAAAGAAAACGCACAGUACCUGUAAUGGAUUAUAGACGUUCCUUUAUGUAAUCAGAUUACUGUAAUCUGGUUGCAUGAUAUAUGACAGCCACCUACUCUGCUGAGAUACAAUAUCCUGUUGUCAGUGUUGCACCAGUCUUAACAUGAGAGCCUUACUCUGUUACUAUGCUGUAGGUAUGCUGCCAUUCAAAACACAAUCAUCAUGUUGUUCAACGUUAACAUUAGCACCACAAUCACAUAAAUUGCAAUGUUUUGUAAAACUUCAGCCAUUGCAUGUUCAGAAUGUUAAUUGGUGUUUUUUGAUGUCAUUAAAUUGUUUUACUUUCUUACA